AUGCCAACGCGCGUCCUCCAAAUUGACGACACAAAUGCUCAAAUGUCGGCAGGAGGUGGUAGUUCUCUUUCCCUCAAGCUUGUCGAACCGCCGCAUUCCACCCAGACCGAGUACGCCUGCCUCAGUCAUUGUUGGGGGAAACUAGGCCCAGUGAAGACAACCAAGGCGUCGAAACUACAAUUUCUGCAAUGUGUUCCGUGGGACGUGCUCCCGAGGAGCUUUCAGGAAGCCAUCUCUUUUGCCCACAUGCUGAAUAUCCGCUACCUGUGGAUUGAUUCGUUGUGCAUUAUCCAGGACGACCCGGACGAUGUGGAGAGGGAGAUUCGACAAAUGUGUCGUAUAUAUGAAGGAGCCGUAGUGACUCUGGCCAUCACCAAGUCUCACAUACCGUCGGAAGGCUGUUUCUCAACGCUGUCUCCUGAGUCUGCUGGGUACGAAAUGCCAGUACCAGCAACCUUCGACUGGUCAGCCGCAGUGGUACGCGAAGUAUUCGAUCAUGCGCAUGCCGUGAGCAGUUAUGAAAACCCACCUCCUGGUAAAGCUCCACUUCUAUCGCGGGGCUGGGUACUCCAGGAGCGCAUUCUCUCGAGGCGAGUCUUACACUUCACUGCUGAGGAGCUGGCCUUCGAGUGUGUCACAGCCAGAUGCUGCGAGUGCGAGCGGGAUCCUCACGAGAUGCCGGGGUUCAAAUCUACCAUGUCCCAAGCGGUGGAAACCGACGAUCGAGAUGGCCUGUACUUGAAAUGGCGGGCGCUGGUUGAGCGAUAUACCAACCUGGAUCUAACAUUCGAGACUGACAGACUCCCGGCCAUUGCCGGAUUGGCCGAAAAGUUCGAGCGUCGUCUCAACGACCGAUAUUUUUACGGGACAUGGGCCGGCAACCUUCUCGAGAGCCUGAACUGGCUAUCCUUCAUCCCCAUCCGAAGGGAUCGGCGCCCUGCCGCGCCGUCUUGGUCUUGGGCAGCGGCCUCGUCGACCGACGACAACGACGAUGAUGACGACGAUGAUGUCGUCGGCGACGAUGAUGAUGAUGAUGAUGAUGAUGACAACGUCUGCGGCGACGCCGACGCAAACGCUAACGACGCCGAUGACAACGUCGGCGGCGACGCCGACGCCAACGCUAACGAUGGUGACGACGACGAUGACAAGGACGAUGACGACGACGGCGACGACUGGGGCGGCUGCCCUCGAUCACUGGACUAUGAUGGGUACAGUGGGAACCUGGGUCGGCGCGGGGUUGGCGGCCGUGGUCAUCGCAAUAUUACAAUGCGAGGUUCAGGCAGGUCGCGAUUGAACUUCACGAUGAUGACGAUCUGGACGCACGCAAUCUGCCUCUGGCAGAACAAGCGCGGCUGGCUGGUCCAGGCCGCCGUCGUUAUCGAGGCUUCGGCGAGAACUACCUGCGCCCUGGCGGAAGACCCCAGGGCCGCUCCUGUGAAACCCACGGUGCCGCAGCCGACCAUGCCUACUCUGGACGAGGACGCUUGUCAACCGAGACGACGGCACCCGGAGAGUGUAUCCCGCAUGGAGACCAUUGGUACCGCUCUCCAGGCAUACCUGAGCUGAUAACCCCUGCCACUAGUAUUGCGGCAAUCGGCGCCUCCCUUGUUGCUGUAGCGAGGCUGCCUACGGGUGGUGUCUGCUUCCUUGUCAGCAUCUUGCUCCGCCAACGCCACGAAGUUGACACCUGGUGACAGGACCGCAUGGGCUUUGGCGUCUGUGAGAUGUGGGCUUCUCCAGGGGACUACCUCCGCACUUCCCUGAUGAACAACCUCGCCCGCACUAUCGGCCAAGUCAUGAGAGCGGGGGCCAGGGGCGGCGGAGGAAAAAAAGAGGAC